UUCAUUUUUGUUCUGACUUCUUUUUCUUGGCUUCUUCAUUUCCGUUGGUUUUUGCUCUUUCAACACCUCCUGACCAUGACAUCCACAGCCAACAAGAGAGAAACGACUGUCAUUCCAGAUGAAGGCACAUCAAAUGUUGAUCCAGCGACUCGACUGUAUCCCCCCGAGUACGAGGGGCACUUGGGGAGCUUACUGAUCAGCCAUGAGGAAAUUGAUAGUCGAGUUCAAGAAUUGGCGCAAUGCAUUCAUGAAGAUUACAAAGGAACCAGACCUGUCAUGCUCUGCACACUCAAAGGGGCUUGUCCGUUCUACCAACACUUGCUGGACGCAUUGCAAGAUUUAAAGCAAGGAUACACCAUGGAAUUUUUACGUGCAUCAUCCUACGUGGGCGCUGCUACCAGUGGGAAUGUGACGCUUUUGGGCAGUGAACUCAACAAGGAGGAUCUCGAAAACCGACAUGUCAUUUUGGUGGAAGAUAUUGUCGAUACGGGAACCACACUUGCCAAUCUACUUCCUCUGUUGCAGAAAUUUGAACUCAAAUCAUUGGAGGUAUGCACGAUGCUGGAAAAACGGCUGGGCGACGAUAAAACACCGGCUGCCAAGGCCAAGUACGCUGGGUUCUCCAUUCCCAACAAAUUCGUUCUUGGCUUUGGGCUGGAUUACAAUGAACUGUACCGCGAUUUGAAGGAUAUUUGGGUCAUUUCGCAAGCUGGGAUUGAUUUUGAUGCCAAGUCCUUGGUGUAGAUGCUGUGCGGUGCUCCAUGGUUUGCACUACACACAAUUUUUAUCAAUAAUCAACUUCAACUGUUAUCUUUUGAAGUGCUCGGAUUAUUAGGAUCGGAGUUAAUCCAGUG